GUUGGAGUGGGCAAUGCGGAUGCUUCCCCGACAGCUGCCCUUCUGCUCCACAUCCUUCAAGACACAUCUGGCCGAAUUGCAACCAUUCUGUUUGCGCAUAGGGUUGGCACUGCCCUGGAGCCAGAAUGCAAGAUGUACCGCCUUGCAGCCGAUGUAUUCAAUGAUGCUGCAAUGAUUCUGGACUGUCUUUCCCCGAUGGUCCCAGCAGGAUUUGGACGGGUGACUGUUCUCAGUACAGCAGGUGUGUUACGAGCUCUGUGUGGCGUCGCAGGAGGAAGCUCCAAGGCGAGUUUGAGUGCGCAUUUCUCUCGGUGGGGGAAUCUCGCAGAGGUUAACGCCAAAGACUCCUCACAAGAAACUAUCAUCUCCCUUAUUGGGAUGCUGGUUGGAUCAUUUGUCGUGUCUCACGUUACGAGCUAUACCGCAACCUGGAUCUCUCUAUUGAUGCUUCUUACCAUGCAUCUGAGUCUCAACUACGCUGCUGUCCGCUCCGUGCAAAUGACCAGUAUGAACAGACAACGAGCAAACAUCGUCUUCUCAACGCUGCUCGAGUCCGACACGGACCUCGACAUUGCGAACUUCCAUCCCACCGAUCGAGCUCACUCAACCCCCAAGCAUAACAGAGCAACACAAUGGCAGAUACCAACCCCAGCCCAAGUCUCCAAGCAAGAGAGGGUCUUCGAGACGGAUGGCAUUCUAAGAUGGUUCUCUGCCCCAUCAACGCAACAUAGGGUAGGCACCUGUCGUAUCGGAGUCUCACUGGAGCAAUUCCUCGCGCCGUCUGCGACACGCACGGGAUCCGGUUCCCUCAAAACAUCAACGCCCAUGUCCCACCUUUCCUCCCUCUUCAGUUCAGAAGACUAUCUGUUGUUCCUGCACCGGAACCGCCAAUCCUGGGACGCAAGAAUCCUCCUGAAAACGAGUAGCACGACCCAAUCGCAGCUCAAAGCCUGGAUGCACGCGUUACUGGCUGCACGAGUGCUAUGCUCAUCUGCGGAGAAGAAGCGGACGCAAGACAGCACGGAGGUAGAGUAUAUCACGUACACAAUCUCCGAGACAUUGACGUUCCUAAACGAGAAGUCUCGUAUGGAUCAGUACAUGUCGGCUCUAACACAGGCAGGAUGGGAUCUGGACGUUGCUGCAUUGGAGACAAGGUCUGGACGGCGGGUUGCUUGUGAGACUUGA